AUGAAGGAUCUGAUCACGGGCGCCCCCACCAGCCAGCCGGAGAUGGGUAGCCAUAUUUUUGCGUACUUCCCCAAGUAUCCGACCCACGAGCUCAAGAAGACCGCCACGCUAUUCGGUACUGCCUGACGUCCGCACGGUGCUCGAGGCGCUCAAAAAGUCCCCCAAGCAACGCCCCAUCGCUUUUGGCAUUAUGGCGCUCGAAAGGGUGAGCAACACAACGCACUCACUGACCGGCCCGUGCCUGUGUCACUCGCACGUAAGUGGGGAUGUGUGUGUGUCUGUUUUAUUGCGAUCUCUCAGUGUUCCGGCUCGCUGUGGUGCACACGCCUGUGGGCAAGGACCCCAGCGGCCAGAUAACCCUCAUGCCCAUCGGCUACAUCCAGGAGGUCUCCGGCCAGUACUCCCACUUCAUCAGCUCGCUGUUCAGCAUCUUCCCUGGCCACCUGCACGAGCUCGUCAUCGCACCCAAGGACACACGCUGCUCUGUGGCAAGGCCCCGCCGCCACCCGAGAUCAGAGACCGGCAAAGAAAAGGUCCAGCAACGCGCUGCUGUACCGGGCGAGGGAGCGGCGCCUCCCGUCGCUGGUGGCGGCCCUCAGCCCGAUAUAGGUGGCACCCAGGCCUUAGCGUUUGGUAUGGGAGGGCAGCCGGCCGACCUCUCGAUGGACAGGGGUCGCAGGGACCGCCGUGAUCGGACAAGGUACACACACAGGAGACACACACAAACACAACGGGCGAGCGUUGAUUCAUGUCGGCUCCUCUCGUCUGUAUGUGUGAAUGUCAGGUGCGGUGCCUGAGGUAUCUAUCGCAGGGCCCAUCGGUGAUAGGGUCAGCGGCAUGCCCCCGGCACCAACAGGGCCCUGCGUGGCAGGCAGGGCUGGGAGGACUUUUGCAGUCUGCCCAAAAGUCCCACCCCAAACGUCCCGGCGGUUUGAUGCCCGGUGCGGGUACGGCUCAGCAGCCAAGCGCAGCAGGCGGCUGGUGCGAUGGGAGGGUUCGGUCUUGGCAACGUGGAGAUGCUGAUGCAUGAGCAGGAGUUGAUGCGGGAGAUCAUCGGGCCCCCACCGCCCAUCAGCGACCAGUUCGUGCAGAUAUUCAACACCGUCACCAUAGCCAAUGUCGAGCAGAAG